AUGCAGCUGGUGGAGCAGCAGGCCAUGCUCGAAAAGCUCGGGGCCGAAAACGAACGACUCAAACGUGAAAUGGAAAAGGUGAAGCGAGGGGCCACGUCCAGUAAGUCCAACAGCUCGGCAACCGCGAAGAUGGUGCUGACUGAUGCCCCUAGCGAAGCUAUUGCCUGGCAGCCCCGAGACCCGGUCGUCCACGAGCACUCCCCUCAGCAGCCCCUUCAAAAGCCCCUGUGA